GCGCAGUGGGCACUGCUCCCUCCAAACAAAUGGGCUGCUGCUUCCUUGUGGAAAGGAAAGGAAAAACCCCUGCGCCAGACAUGCUCCCCGAGACACGAGAUGUACAGCACACACAUGCGAGACGCGUGGAGACAGGGGACCUUCCAGCAGCACCAGCAGCCUUAUCUGAAGCCUUCACUGAGCCAUAGCCACUCUGGAGCAGCAGGGAGGAUGUUCCUAUGGGCUGGAGCCAAAGGCGGCGCUCAAAGAACAGGACAUGAGGGAAGGACAAUAUACCAAAAGAUCCGUGAGUAUGACAUCUUGGACAAGAGGAAGACGGUGACGGCUCUGAAGGCAGGAGAGGACCGAGCCAUUCUGCUGGGCCUGAGCAUGAUCCUAUUCUCCGUCAUGAUGUACUUUGUCUUGGGCAUUACUAUGGUGCGCUCCUACUCAGACAGCGUGUGGACGGAGGAGUCCAGCUGCACUGUGCUCAACUCUACUGUCGUGGCCGAGAUUAACUGCACCUACAGCUGCGGCUCCGAGUGCUGGAAGAGUUCCAGGUAUCCAUGCUUACAGGUGUUCGUCAGUCUCAACACAUCCGGCCGAGUGCUCCGGCUCUCCUACAACGAGGAGGCACAGGACUCCAACCCCGAGUGUUUCUAUGUUCCCAAGUGCCGCAAGGAUCACACUACCAUGCACUCAAUGGUCCUGAACAUCUCUGAGAGACUGAAGAUGCACCAGCAGGUGCCUUGCUACUACGACCCAGGCGAGCAGCAGGACUCCGUGCUGCUGACCAGACUCUACGGCCGCGGCGCCGUCUUCCACUCCCUCUUCUGGCCCACGUGCAUGUUCGUCGGGGGCACGCUCAUCAUCGCCAUGGUGAAACUCACACAGUACCUGUCCAUUCUGUGUGAACAAAUCAGUCGGAUUAAAAGGUGAGAGACAGACGUGAUGACCGUGACUGCAGACUAGAUGAUCCCUUAUUUCCUCAUCUCAGGAAAGGUGGACAAAAAGGAGCUGGUGUGUGCUUUUUUAUUUGGACUCAUGAUGACUCGCUCAAUGAGAGGAGGAUAAGAGCAAGAGAGAUGUCUCUGACUGAUGUGUUUCUCACAGGCUUGGUCUCUCCCUCUUCGAGGCUGCACGCCACAGAGAGAGAGUUGCUUCCGUUUCCAGGCAGAGACGCAGUACACCGGUCCUGGAUACAGUGUGACAACUGCUUGCAGUGUCCAGGGCAGAGUUGACCUUCCAAAUCAGCACUCUUCAGAGAAACAUGCCCCCCUCCCCCAACAUGCCCCCAGCUCCCAAAACAUCCAAGCACCUCUAUCCAGCCUGUUUUGAUUUGAACACUUCUAUAAACACUACAUUCACAACACAGAUUGGAUGGAGCCCAAUUGUACACCGAAGAGCAAAGGUCGACACAAGUGGCCAAAUUGUGCCGCUCUGUUAACAUAUGUUCCCUGUCUGGAUGCACAGAAACCUCAUUCCAAGCCAACACUGUGGGAUACCGCCUAAAGUGGAAUCAUGCUUCCUUCUAGACAAUGUGGUGUAACUCUGAGCAAUUGUAGUUGUCUGGGUGGCGAUUCUAGACAAAUUCCAGUGAUUCCGUGCUGUGUGCUCUUUUUUCUCUCUUUUCUGAGUGGCAGGGGGUUGCAACAUGACACAUAUCUUGUGCUCAUAAGCAUGCAUUUUCUUAAAAGUAAUCUGUAGUUGAAAAGAGUUGCCUAACUGAUGCAUAUUUUAUUAAAACAACUCCUGUGCAUCCUGACCAAAGCACUGCAUAUCUUUAAGUUAACCAUUGGUUGCAUUUUUGCUUCCAUAGUAGCAAUCAUCAGUUGCAGUCAGUCUUUUGAAAUGGAUGCUGAAUCACCUGGUUAUCUGUUUUACAUGAAACAGUUCUUGCCCUCCUUAAUAAAAAAAAACUUCUACAAAUAAAAUAGACUACUAUUCAUCAGUUUUACACAGCCAGUGUUAACAUGUUUGGGUUUGUUAGAGUUUGGUUUGUGUGGUGUUGAUGAGAUCUAAUGGUAUAGCAUGGCGUUGUUCGUAGACAUAUGAAUUUUUAUGUUUCUGUCAACGAAGCACCAAAAAGGGACUGUAGCUUUACUGCUGAGAAAGCAAAUGUGAGAACCUGUGAACAUGUCCCGUUCUCUCUUUACUGGUCUCUCACGGACAUAUGUAACUUAGGCACAACAUGACAAGAGUUCACAGUCUGGGAACAACUUGUAAGAACUGUAAUUAGAAACGUGUUGAAAACCAAACUAAUGAUGCUCGUCUGCAGGCUUUUCCACUAGGACAGUGACCUUGUUCUGCAUGUCCCUGUGCUGUAAACCCCACAUUUUCAGUUACACUUUGAGCUCUGUCUAUCCCACCCAUAUUAAGUCCACAUUUUACUGUGGGUGUCUCUCUUUUUUAUACAGUCUAUGUCUCCUAGAAAGACUAGCCUAUACCAGUGAUGGGGUUGUUGGUUCCAUGGCCAAAUGGGCUCCAGGUCUUGUGUGAUAUUGUCCCAGAGGUAUUUGUUAUCUGGAUAAAGCAGUCAAUAUACUCGCGAGCCAUAACAGUCUUGUGCAUGCUACUCCACAUUUGAUGCAUAUCUGAAUGAAUGGCAAUGAUAUGAUUCCUUUGUGUGUGAUGGAAACGGUGGUUCUCUCUUUUCUGUUAUGGAUGUGUAAUUAACGUGCAUUUAUGUAAUGUGACAGCUGGAAACCAAGCCACAUCUGGACCAGCCAUUUUGAAUUUACAGAAACCUAAAAUAACAUCAUUGAGAUAGAACAGUUGUACUUGUACAAAACCCAUUCUGAUUACAAAAGCAUCUCCAGGAGGAGUCUGUUUCCACAGUUGCGGUGAGGUGGGUUUGCUCAGGAGGACUUUCCUGCAAGGGCAUCUUUCAAAGCCCAAUCAGCUGACUUUUAUGUCAUAGUGAUUCUGCUGAAGCAGAGAUCUAAUCAGUCGCCACCCUGUCAUCAUAUCAAUCAAAAAAAGGCCAUUUUGACCAUGUACCGUCUUUUUAUGUGAUAUGUGAUUAAACAGAGAGACAGAGACUGCUGGAUGCUGUCACAAAGUUACACUAUUGGAGCCUGAGAAU